UUGCAAGUUUCUACAUUGAUAUUUAAAUUUUAUUACCAAGUUAUAAUAUAGUUUUAUAACGUUUUAGUAGCAUGGGAAAGAGUUAAGAGAUAAUUAAUAGUCUUGUAAAAGUAUAUUACUGUAUCUGUGAUGUGAACUUUGAAGGUAACAGUAAUGUUAUUUGGAAUACCUAAAUCGAAAAUUAUGUUAAUUUUAUUUUUCUAAAAAGUGUGGGUGUUUAAAUUUGUCAUAUGUAAACAAUAGGAUUUAAAAACAAUGUAAGUUAUCGUUUAAUUUAAAAUUAUUAGAUAUUUCAUGUUGGAUAUCAAAACAAUUAAGAUGAGUAAUAAUCUGAACAGCACUUUUAACUAUGUGUAUAGUUGUUCAUUAGAGACAAAUGUUCAGAUAAAAAUUGGAACCCUUGAAGGUAUCAAGCACAACAUUGAUUAUGAAAAAAUACUUAAUGAUCCAAUGAAAAAAUUUUCUGGCUUAUACCAAAAGCAAAUUUCUGAUCUGGUAGUGUACUGCCAAGUAUACAGUGACAGUAAACCACUUAGUUUACCUGUUUCGACUUCUUACAAACAUUUUACUAACCGUUGGAGCUGGAAUGAAUGGGUUAUAUUACCAAUCCAGUUUAGUGAUCUGCCAAGAAAUGCAUUAUUAACGCUGACAGUGUAUGACUGUGCUGGACCAGCUUCUAUGACAGCAGUUGGUGGUACAUCUAUAUCAUUGUUUGGCAAACAUGGUGUUUUUCGACAAGGUAUGAUUGAUCUCAGAGUAUGGCCUGAUCGAGAAGCUGAUGGUAAUAUAUCUUCUACACCAGGAAAGUGUUUAUCCGACACUAAUCGUAUGCAAUCCCUAGCUAAAUUGGCCAAACAACAUAGAAAUGGCAAUAUUCCUGAAGUUGAUUGGUUGGACAGGUUAACAUUUAGAGAAAUUGAACUUAUCAAUGAAAAAGAAAAAAAGACCUCCAAUUAUCCUUAUUUAAUGAUAGAAUUUCCAGAAAUUAUAUCGAAUGGUACUGUCUAUAGUGUUGUACAUUAUGAACAAGAUGGUGAUGAAAUAUAUCCAUUUAGAGUUAAUCCAGACAUAGUUACUGUACCGGAUGCUGAAGUAAUGCAGGAAAAUUUAGUAGAAAGUAAACAUCAUAAACUUGCCAGGAGUUUAAGAAGUGGAAUAUCUGACAAGGAUGCAAAACCAACUGCAACAAUAAGAGACAUGUUAAACACUAUUGUUGGAUAUCCGCCUACAAAAAUAUUAACAACUGAAGAACAAGAUCUUAUAUGGAAGUACAGAUUUUACUUAUGUAAUCAAAAAAAAGCUCUAACAAAAUUCCUAGAAUGUGUAAAUUGGAAAUUGCAUGGAGAGGCUAUGCAAGCAUUAGAUAUGAUGUAUCAAUGGGCUCCAAUGGAUGUAGAUGAUUCAUUGCGUUUAUUAAGUCCAGCAUUUAAACAUUCGUUAGUACGCAAAUAUGCUGUAGAACGAUUGCAACAAGCAACUGAUGAAGAUUUACUCUUGUAUCUAUUACAGUUGGUUCAAGCUCUUAAGUAUGAAAACUUUGAACACAUCAACAAUAGCUUAAAAUUAAUGGAAGAUAAAUACCCCGUAACCGAUAGUCUGACAGAGUCAGUAUCUGGAUUAAGUUUGAAAGAUAGUAGUGACAGUAAUAUUGCUUGUACAAUCAAUCAUUUUGAAAUGUGUAAACCUGAAGAUAUGGACUUGGCACGUUUUUUGAUUCAUAGAGCAAGUAAAAACUUCAGUUUAGCUAAUUAUUUUUAUUGGUAUCUGAUGAUUGAAUGUGAAGAUCAAGAUUCUACUAUUAAACAAGAUAUACGUGUCCGUAACAUGUAUUUAAGUGUUAUGAAAACAUUUUUAAUGACUUUGUAUAAUGGUAGUGCAGAAUGUCAAAGAAUACAUGGAAUGUUGACACGUCAACAAAACUUUAUUGAUCGUUUGGUUAGAAUAAUCAAAACUGUUGCCAGGGAAAGUGGCAAUCGUAAAAAGAAAAUCGAUAAGCUGCAAGCGUUAUUAGGUGAAACAGAUACAAAAUUUAGUUUUAUGUCUUUUGAACCUUUACAUUUACCACUUGACCCGAGUAUACAUAUUACAGGGAUAGUUCCUGAGAAAGCAGUACUUUUUAAGUCUGCUUUAAUGCCUUCAAGACUCACAUUCACGGUACAAGAUAACAAAGAGUAUGUAGCUAUAUUUAAACAUGGUGAUGAUUUGCGACAAGAUCAACUCAUACUACAGAUCAUCACACUUAUGGAUAAACUUUUAAGAAGCGAAAACUUAGAUUUAAAACUUACUCCAUACAGAGUCUUAGCAACAAGUACAAGACACGGUUUUGUGCAAUUUGUAAAUUCAUUACCUGUUGCUGAAAUAUUAGCAACUGAAGGUUCAAUACAAAAUUAUUUCCGUAAGACCCAUCCAAAUGAGAAUGCACCCUUUGGAAUAUCUUCUGAUAUUAUGGAGAAUUAUAUAAAAAGUUGUGCCGGUUACUGUGUUAUUACAUAUUUAUUAGGAGUCGGUGAUCGUCAUUUUGAUAAUUUAUUAUUGACUUCAACAGGUAAACUGUUUCACAUAGAUUUUGGAUACAUAUUGGGUAGAGACCCUAAACCAUUACCUCCGCCUAUGAAAUUAAGCAAAGAAAUGGUUGAAGCAAUGGGUGGUGUUAACAGUGAACAUUACCAUGAAUUCAGAAAAUUAUGUUAUACUGCAUUUUUACACUUGAGGCGCCAUGCUAAUCUAAUACUAAAUCUUUUCUCAUUGAUGGUGGAUGCUAGUGUUCCAGACAUUGCAUUAGAACCGGAUAAGACUGUUAAUAAAGUUCAAGAUAAAUUCAGAUUGGACUUGGGCGAUGAAGAAGCUGUUCAUUAUUUCCAAAAUCUAUUGGAUGUGUCUGUUACAGCUGUGAUGGCAGUACUUGUUGAACAAUUGCAUAAAUUUGCUCAAUAUUGGAGAAAAUAAAAUAUAAAAAUACACAAUUAACUGUUGAUUAUUUGUUAUACUAU